AUGGAAGGCAUAGUUUUUUCAUUAGAUUAGAAAAAAUAUGUAGAGUGUGUUUAAUCGAGUCCGAUUCAAUGUUUUCAGUCCAUAGUGCUUUAUUAGAACAAAAUUGUGAAAAUAUACCAACAAUUGGAGAAAUUCUUACAAACAUCUCAAAUAUAAACGUUGAAGAUCAAAAAUUACCAAGUAUGAUAUGUGCCAAGUGUAUCAACAGUGCUCAUAAUGCUUACAAAUUUCAACAACAAUGUAACAAAUCCCAAAUAGUAUUAGAAACUUAUUUACAACAAAUUAAAAAUAUGGAAAUAAAAGAAAAGUUCGAAACUAAUAAUACAAUCGAUUUAAAUGAAAUAGCAGCUAUUGAAAACACUCUCGAGAAACAGUGUGAAAAUGUUUCAGAUAGUGGCAACUUGGUUUCGGAUGGAUUAAUAAAAGAGUUCAUACAUGAUGAAUAUUUACCAAAUGACGAUUUAAAGGAUGGAGAUGAAAGCGAAGACUGUGAUGAUCUGAAAAGUUGUAUACCAUUAGGAGAAGAUACUGUUGAUCAAUUGAUAAAGGAUAACUUUAGAGUUGAAAAUUUAGAACUUAUAUCUCCAAAAUUAAAUUUUUGCGGCUUAAACUUAGAUGAAAAACAUUCCAAAUCAACUAAAAACGAAAAAGGUAGUAAAGACGUACCUAGCAUGAAUUAUUAUAAAAGUUUUGGAGAAGAGGAUGGUCAGGAGGUAUAUACCUGUAAUAUUUGUGUCAAGUCCUUCAAGUUUCCGAACAGUUUAAGAGUGCAUUUAAAGUCCCAUGAUGAGGAAAAACCAUACGUUUGUACACAAUGUAAAAGAGGUUUUAAAGUAUAUUGUGCCUUAAAACACCAUAUUCGUAGUCAUUCAGAGGAGCAGCCAUUUGAAUGUAAGGAAUGUGGAAAAAAAUACAAACACUCUGGUACUCUAAUUGCACAUAUGAGAAUACACACAGGUUCCAAACCAUUUUUGUGUACCAUAUGCGGUAGAGGGUUUAGACAAGCUCCAGAUCUUACUUAUCAUAUGAGAACACAUACUAAGGAAAAACCAUACAUGUGCAAUGUUUGUGGGAAAACAAUGUCAAUGCAAUGUCAUCUUGUCCAACAUAUGCGAUCACAUACUGGAGAAAAGCCUUUUAAAUGUUCGGAGUGCAGCAAGGCUUUCCCCUCAUCAACAAGACUGAAACGCCAUGCAAUCGUUCACACAUCUCUAAAACCAUACAAAUGCACGGUGUGUAAUAAAUCAUUUAAUAGAAGUAAUAGUUUAAAAGUGCAUGCAAAAACUCAUUCGGGUGUUAAAGCUUAUACAUGUUCAGUUUGCAACAAGAGCUUCACAUGGGCGCAUUCUUUUAAGGCACAUCAGUUAACUCAUGAAAAGACUGAAAUAACGAAAGACAAAGAUAACGCAGUGCGAACCACUAACAGAACUUUAUCUCAAAUUAGCGAUAGUCCAUUAUCGUCCAUUAAUGAGAAUUCUGUAUUGCACACAAAUGAAAGUUCUUUAUUGAAUAGAAAUGAUAACUCUUUAGUCGAAUUUACAGCCGGUGCCACUUAUCCAAACGACAAUGUACCACUAAAUGAAUCUUUUGUCAUAUUCACCAAUAGCAAUGAAGAAGUUGGUAACGAAGCAUUCCAAAUAUGUACAUAUGCUACUGGUGAGAGCGAUUUAUUGGAAACAUUUACCUUGUAUUCAUCAGAUACAGAUCAAAAAAGAAGUUCUGGAAAUUCGUAA